GCGGACUGACUGACGGGGCCCCCGGGGCCUCCUGCGCCGGCGCGGCCGCCCGAGCGACGCCUGGACCUCGGCCUCAGGAAACUUCUUCACAAGAAGAGAUGAAGAAGAAAUCUGUAUAUAAUCAGAGUGUGGGUGAUCAGGAGUGUGAAGAUGUGGAAGGUGAAGAAAACAGAAAUAAUGCUGAUACCUCUGGCUUACUGUACAGUGAAGUGGACAGGUGUCCAAUAUGUCUUAGUUGCCUAUUAGGGAAGGAAGUUGGGUUUCCAGAAAAUUGUAGUCAUGUCUUCUGUAUGGCCUGUAUUCUUAAAUGGGCAGAGAUAUUGGCUUCUUGUCCAAUUGACCGGAAACCUUUUCAGGCGGUGUUUGAACUCAGUGCAUUUGAAAGUUGUGCUGAGGUUCAAGUAAAAAGACAGUUGAGACAAAUAAAAGACAAAGAAAAUGAAAGGUCUUUUAAGAAACAACUCUUUUAUCAUGAAAGUUCCAAAAACGACAAAAGAAAAAGAGAUGCCACAAGAGAAGAUCUGUUAUGUGAAAGAUUUCAUGACUUGACAGUGUUGCAUAGAAACUUUUCAAACAAUAAAAUGAGUGGAAAGGAAAAUGCUACAGUAAAGACAAAUAAGGUUCAAAGAUCAAGUCAGUGUACAGAUCCUUGUAUCAGAAAUGACAUGUCCAGUAUGUUUUCAUGUUGCAGCCACAGUGGGGGACCUCGAACCCAUAGAGCUUCCUGUACAGAAUCUAUAGAAGUCAGUGAAAUCAGUGCAUUGAUUAGACAGAAACGACAGGAACUGGAAUUGUCAUGGUUUCCUAAUACGUUACCUGGAAUUGGAAGAGUUGGCUUUGUACCUUGGAGUGUUGAAACAGCAGUCCUUCCUCUGAUCUCCUCUGUGUUGCCAACAACUAUUUUUCCAGCAAGUACUGUGUCAUUAGAAAUUUUUGGUACUUCUCAUAAGGGAUAUGCAUUAGCACAUACCCAAGGAGGCGGAGAAAAAAAGCAGACUUCUGGCACAUCAAAUACCAGAGGAUCAAGACGAAAACCUGCAACAACUGCUCCUACGAGGAGGUCCACACGGAACACAAAAGCUGAGACAGCCAGCCAGCCCCCGAAAUCCCCAGUGUCAAAUAAUUCUGAGUGUGAUGCCCCAGGGAACAGUAAUUCUUCUGUAAGUAUUUCUCCUCCAGCUGAAUCAGAAAAGCAAACAAGACAAGCUCCAAAACGGAAGUCUGUAAGGAGAGGAAGAAAACUACCUUUAAUGAAAAAGAAACUUCGGAAAUCUGUACCUCCCCCUGAAAAAACAACAUCUAGUGAUUCAGUAGAGGACGAAACAGUGGACUCUGACACACCACCCAUGCUGGAGAAAGAGCAACAGUCAGGUGUAGAAAACAGUAACAUUUGUUCUGCUCAGACAGAUGGAGAAAAUCAUUUGGCUCAUUGCUUGGAAAGUUGCAGUGAGCAAACAGAAGAAAGUGAACAAGCUAAGAAUGAUGAGAGAGAGGAACGAGUAGACCUUUUAAAUUCUGAAUCUUGCACCCAGGAGCUUCCUGUGCUUGUUGGAGAGGACACGGGCAUAGAGACUGAGGAGUCCUGUGUAGACCAUAAUAGUCCUCCAGGUACUACUGUAAAAGGCAGCGGUGUGUUAGAACAUCAGGAGCAGGUGUCUGGAAGUUCAGAGUCAGAGGUGCAGGCACUGGUGUGCACAGGGAGCCCUCCUGAUGAGUUUCUUACCUCUUUACCUUCCGACACUGGAGCACACCAGCCAGUGUCCAGUCCCGUGGGUGAGACACCUGAAAGUACAGGGUCAGGGGUUAAUGACGGAAACACAGAGGAGAGUCUCACAGUAGAAAGUAAUGAUUUGAAAGACGCUGCAGUAAACAUAGAAACAUUUGUAGAGAGCCCCAAAAUGGAAUCUUCUGAGGGUGAAAUUACACAUACACUGGACGGACAAUGUGUUACAGGCAGCUCAGACACUGAGUUGCCUGAGCAUGUUCAAACUGAAAAUGAGGAAAUAAUUUCAACGUGUGACACUUCAGAAAAUGAAAGUUCUGGUGCUGUUCAAGAUUGUGAAGACAGUUUACUAAAACAUAACCUUGACAGCCCCCAAUUGGACAAAUCCUUAGAAGAAAAGACAGGAUCUUUGACUGAGCACCCCAAACCUACAGAGUUACCUAACACACAGGUUGAACAGAGUGAGAAACACUUUAAUGAAGAUAAUAACGAGACAGUACCUAUGGAGUGUGACUCCUUUUGUAGUGACCAGAAUGAGUCUGAAAUGGAGUCAUCUGCAAAUACUGACUCUAAACAACUGAGUGAAAAUUCUGUGGUGCACAGUUGUGACAACAAGCCAUCUUCCGAAGCUGCAGUUGAAAAGGUUGAAACUGUAUCUCAACCAACCGAAAGCCUCGUAGGUAAAGCCCCAAAGCCUCGUGCUCGAAGAUCCAGAUUCCAUUCCCCAUCUACAACGUGGUGUCCCAACAAAGACACUGCGCAGGAAAAGAGACGGGCUCAGUCUCCAUCACCAAAGAGAGAGACUGCAAUAGAAAGCAAGAAUUCUCAGUCAUUAUCACCCAAGAGAGAAUCUGGCAGAGGACGAAGGAAAUCUCGUUCUCUCUCACCAAAAAAAGACGUGGCAAGAGAAAGGAGGCAGUCUCGGUCUCCAAAGAGAGAGAAUGCUAGGGAAGCCAAAAGGUCUGAGUCAGGGUCCCCAAGAAGAGACACUUCUAGAGAGAACCAGAGGUCUCAGUCCCGAGUGAAAGAUUCUUCCUCAAGAGAAAAAUCUAGGUCCCGGAGCAGAGAAAGAGAAAGUGAUAGAGAUGGGCAGAGAAGAGAGAGAGAUAGAGAGAGGAGAGCCAGAAGAUGGUCUCGGUCCAGAUCUCGCUCCCGAUCGCCAUCAAGAAUGAGAACAAAAAGUAAGAGUUCAUCAUUUGGUAGAAAUGAAAGAGAUAAUUACUCUCCUCGGUGGAAGGACAGAUGGACAAAUGAUGGUUGGAGGUGUCCUCGAGGAAAUGACCGACACCGAAGGAAUGACUCAGAGAAACAGAAUGAAAACACAAGAAAAGAAAAAAAUGAUGUCAUUGCUGAUGGUCAUGAUCCAAAUUCUACAGAUAAGCAUAGAAAUGACUGUCCCAGUUGGGUAACAGAAAAAAUAAACUCUGGGCCAGAUCCAAGGACCAGAAAUCCAGAAAAGUUAAAAGAUUCUCAUUGGGAAGACAAUAGAAAUGAAAAUUCAGGGAAUUCUUGGACUAAAAACUUUGGCCCAGGCUGGAUGUCCAGCCGAGGUCGAGGUAGCCGAGGGAAAGGCGGUUACAGAGGUAAUUUUGCCUACAGUGACCAGAGCGAAAACAGGUGGCAGAGCCGCACACCGCUCUCAGGGAGUGACUCCUUCAAGUCUGUGGAGCAGCAGCCCUCUAAGCGGAAAAGUGAACAAGAGCUGCCAUUCGGCACACCAGCAGACAGGUCAGGGUGGACAUCUGCAUCCAGUUGGGCAGUAAGAAAGACUCUGCCAGCAGAUGUGCAAAACUAUUACUCGCGGCGUGGGAGGAAUUCUUCAGGUCCACAGUCUGGGUGGAUGAGACAAGAGGAGGAAACACCUGAACAGGAUUCUAACGUAAAAGACCAAACAAAUCAAGUUGAUGGUUCUCAGUUACCUGUAAAUAUGAUGCAGCCACACAUGAGUGUAAUUCAGCCGCCACUGACGGCCCCGCACCAGCCUAUGGGUAUCUUCCCGUACCCAGUGGGUGUCCACGCCCCUUUGAUGAAUAUGCAGCGGAACCCAUUUCCCAUGCACCCUCCGCUGCCCGUGCAUCUCCACACAGGAGUGCCUCUCAUGCAGGUAGCUGCCCCUGCCAGCAUGCCUCAGGGACCACCACCGCCACCCCCUCCUCCGCCAUCACAGCAGGUCAGCUACGUUGCCUCACAGCCAGAUGGGAAGCAAGUGCAGGGCCUCCCCAGUGCUUCUCAUGUAAGUAAUAACAUGGCUGCACAAGUCGUGCCUGCUCCAUCAGCAGCCCCGGAGAACACGGGAUCAGGUCAGGGGCCAAGUUCUGGUAAUACUUCGUCAUCAAGUCACGCCCAAGCCUCUAAUGCUGCUGUAAAAUUGGCAGAAAGCAAAGUAAGUGUUACAGUGGAAGCCAGCGCAGAUAGCUCGAAGACAGACAAGAAAUUGCAAAUUCAAGAGAAAGCUGCACAGGAGGUGAAACUGGCUAUUAAGCCAUUUUACCAAAAUAAAGACAUCACUAAGGAAGAGUACAAAGAGAUUGUGCGGAAGGCCGUGGACAAAGUUUGUCAUAGUAAGAGUGGAGAAGUAAAUUCUACUAAAGUGGCAAAUCUGGUUAAAGCCUAUGUAGACAAAUAUAAAUAUUCACGGAAGGGGAGCCAGAAGAAAACUUUGGAAGAACCUGUGUCUACCGAAAAAAAUAUAGCCUGAUAUGGGAGUGCUGUAAAGGACAUUGUCAAGAUAUCUGCAAAGUGCAAUUCAACGUGUACCCUUACUGAAAAAUACACAACUGUGAUUGAA